AUGGAUAGCAUCAAGAAGGCUGUUCAUGUAAGCAUCUACUGGAUUGUCACGAUGGCGAAGGGGUCUCGCCCCCCAAAGCGACACAUGCCCGUGAGCAUGAAGUUCAACUCCUGUAUACAUUGUCUUCGCCACGCGAUCAACAACUACAAAUCUGCACAAGGAGUUCCUUUUGAUAUCGGGUGCCAAAUGGAUGCGCAACUCGGCGAUGAGAAUGACCUUUUCAGCUACACUACGCAUCCCCGGGUCUUAUUGCUUGGUUCAAUAUUCUUCGUAUACGUCCCGGAUACUAAGGUCAGCUUGGAUCAAUGGUCGACAGCGUCGGUUGAUGGUUCCACUUCCAUCGCACGAUACGAAGAACCUCCGCCCUCAGCGAAAUGUUUCCAUCCGGGACGAUACAAGUUCUUCAUGCACUGUCUUCGACGAGUCAAUGCCAACUAUGGCUCUGCUGAAGCUGCUCUGUAUGACACUGGAUACUAUCUUAAUGAUGGGGCUUCCGUGCUUUGUCAGUUCUGUUACGGCGGCAAAGGGACAUGCGAUCCAAUUGUGCCAGGAAUGCCGGGUAACGUCCACGACUUAGCGGACAUAAUCAAGUGGUCCACCUUGGUCUUGAAUAAGGAGAAUUGGGACGACGACGCAAGCUAUCGAUCCGGAAAGAAGCACACAAGCAGGCGAUUGCUUUUUGGCAAUGCCGAGGGCACGCACGCCCUUGAACACUUAAAAAGGAAAUGUGGUAAUAGAGCACGAAGAUCCGAAACCAUGUUCUCGAUCUUCCUCAAUCUAUCUUUUUAUUCAAUAUAA